AAUUCCGACCUGACGAAUCCCGGCGCAUUCAAACGCUGCUUUUGCGUCGCAUUCCGCAUUCGGAAACGAGCGAGCGCGGCAGCCAACCAACCAAGCAUGGCUGGCUGACUGAGACACACACACACCCGCCCCAGCAACACAGACAUCAAACACGAAGAAGAAGAAGCAGCAGCCAUCAGAACAAGAACGACAGGCACACAUACAUCGACUGAGACCUCCACCUCACAGACAAACACAAAGACACAACAAGCCACACCAGCAUCAGUCAACAGUCAACAGUCAACAGUCAGCGCGAGCACCACGUCAGCACACAGACACAACACCUUGUUUGCCCGCACCUUCGGCUUCCUUCCUGAUCCCUUGCUUGUCAACAGCGGCGAACCCAGGUGCAGCAGCAGCCACAAUGUUUCGUGGACCAAACUCGGUCGAGUACCGAAACCUCCCCGACUUCACCAAGAAGAUUCAGGAGGCAAACAACCUCGAGAGCGUGCCCAACUUCUGGCAGGUUGGCGAGUUCAAGCGCGCCGUGCAGCGCCUCGAUGCCGGCGCAACCCUUCUUGAUGACUUCUCCCGCCUGGUGCUUGAGAGGGCACACAUCGAGAAGAAGUAUGCACAGAUGCUUGCUUCCUGGAGCAAGAAAUGGAACGACAAGAUCACCAAAGGGCAUGAAGACAGCGACGGCACGCUCAAGCCUGCGUGGCACUCUCUCCUCACAGAAGCAGACCAGCUGUCAGAGGUCCAUGCAAACAACGACACACAACUGCGCGAGAGUGUGCAAAAGGAGGUCACAAAGUGGCGCAAAUCAACAUACACGCGACAGCUGCGAGGCUGGCGCGUCACAAAGGAUGCUCACGACCAGUUUGUGAAAGCGCAAAAGCCGUGGGCCAAACGCAUGAAGACAGCAAAGAAGUCGAAAAAGUCGUACUACGCUGCAUGCCAAAACCGAGACUCCUUGAAGUCAAAACUCGACACAGCCAAAUCAGACCCAAACUUGAGUGAGGAAGACAAGACCAAACUGGAAACAAAGGUGUCCAAGGCACUGGCAAUCGCACACGAAACACGCAAGUCAUAUGAGGAAUCGAUCAACAGCCUGAACCAAGACCGCCCACGCUACGAAACGGAGAUGAAGAAGACAUUCGACUUCUGCGAGGACAUUGAACAACGGCGCCAGGACUUUUUCAAGGAGAUGAUGACCAAAUACCACGCCAUUCUCAGCCGACACACCCCAGAGCAAUGCAAAGACAUGAUCAAGGUGAUUGAACACAUCAACCCAGACGCGGAUCUUGUUCGUUAUCGACGAGAGAAAGGGAUUGAGAUGCCACUGUGUGUGCCUCCCUUCCAGGAAUAUGGAUCAAAGCCCGUCAUUGAGCUCGUCGUGGAUGGAUCUCUCUCCAACCACUUGACUGUGAGCACGACUGACCUCGCGUCUGAAGAUGAGGAUGACGAUGAAGAGUGGGAGACGGACGGCUGGUCGCCGCCACCAGACCCAUCCGUUGGCCGCCCCGUUCGCGCCAUCUACGAUUACGUUGCAGAGGACGAGGAGGAGAUUUCCCUGCGUGUCGGUGAUGCCCUCAGAUUGAUUGAGGAGGAGGACGAGCAAGGGUGGUGCAAAGGCGUCACCUUGGACGGAUCAGCUGGCCUCUUCCCAGCAUGCUACGUUGAAGACAUCACGGAAGACGCCUUUGACGCCAUCAAGGCUGGUCGGAGCGCAGAGUGCUGAUGACACAGAGGCAGCAUCCUGCCCCUCCCUUGAUGUCUCAGUUCCUCGGCGUGUAUGCGUGUGCUUUUGCGUGUGCUUGUGUGCAUAGACUUACUUGUGUCAAGAUGUGCUGUCCACCUUGCUGUGUAGUUGCAGUCGGUGUCUUUAUGGGGGCUUUCGCAUGUGCGUUACGUCUUAUUUGUGUUGUCCCUCAUUGCCUUCCUUUCUUGCGGUGCUUAAUGUUGAGCGCACGAAUCGUUGAGCGAGCGAGCAAGCGUGUGCCAAUGUCUGCGUCGAAUACGCACGCGUGGUUGUUGGACUUGCACGCCUACACGCGUGCUUCAUAGAAGACUCCCCUUAUUGCUGCGUGUGCUGUGUGUGCGGUGUGUUGUGUGUUGGUUCAUUUUCCUUUCCUGUCCGUUUGUUGCACCUUCCCUUUUCCUCACGUGCAUGAUUUUGUUUGUAGUGGUGGUGAAUGUGGUGCCUGUCUCAACUGAUCCUGAAUGAAAAAUCAGCGCAA